AUGGCAGGUCACGCUUUUGUGCGAAGUCGGUAUGAGCAGUACAAGCGAGACACGCAAGAGAUCGCUAACUGGUUGGGCAGGCAAGCAUUGCGUCAUGGCUUCAAUUUGGGCAGUCUGGUAGCUGCAACGCAGUCAGAGUCAUCGGAGAAUGUCAAUGAUAAGAAGAAGAAGAAGAAGCAAAAAAAAAAAAGAAGAAAAAGAAGAGUAGUCAGAGUUCGAGUCAGAGUCUCCACAUUUCCACCUCGACUUUGACGUCUGCAGUCCAGCAGCUCGAGCUGGGCAGCGAUGCACGUGUACAAGCUUCGGCCGAGGGCAAGCAGGCCAAACAGGCUCUACAAGACGACGACGACGACGACGACGACGAAGAUGAAGAUGAUCAAGCUGCACCCACGCUCGCGCAGACCAGCCGCAGUGCCGGUAUCGAACAGCACGCACAGCAAUUGCGCGGCAAAUUCGUCCUCAAGACUGCCCAAUACACGCAGAUAGCCAGGUACCUCGUGCAAAGAGGCGUGGCCAUUCCAUCCGAGGUUCGCACCCUUGUUCAGCGCUGUAGCAAUCGAAGAUCUGCAUUUCUACGAGCAUCGGCCGGCAAUGAGACCUAUGACAAAGCUGGACAUGACCAUUUCAUCUCAGUCUUGGAAGAAGUCAGCGCCAUACUGGGUCGUGCCUCUGCGGGCGAAGCAAAGUCGAAGAAUGGCGCAUCGGCAUCGGGUGCACAGCAAAAGCCAGGUCGCACGGAAGUGCUCGAGACCCGAGCAUCACCGCUCGCUGGUGGUUCACCUUCGAACAACCCGUAUGCCCCUUUGCUCAACCUAUUCUCAGGAGCGGAUGAGGGCACCGAGCUUCCGGAUGUGCGCUUACCUGGCUCUAAACCUGCAGAGGGUGCCAAAGAUCCCGCCUCGGAAGCAUCGUUCGAGGUCGAGAUGAGUCGCGACUUUGCACUCCUCUUGCUCCUCAGCUUCUACGACGACUUGCACGAAGUGCGGCAGCACAUCAAGACGCUAUGGAUCGACUACCGUGAGGGUCGCAUCGACUUGAUCACGGCUUCCGUCACCAGCAAUGCCGGUUUAGAAUUGCUGCGAAAGCCGCAUGAUGAAGUGAUGAAGAUCAUUGCUUUGUACUACGACGAUUGGAUGGCAGCUGGAACAGCCCUGUUCCUCGUGCGUCAAAUGCUUUUCCUCCCGUUGGAUCAGAUCGACUUGACCUUUCGAAACUUCAACGACCCUGACAUCGAAGCGUGUCCACAACUCAGUCGAGAUACGCUAGAGUACCUCUUCUUGCCCAACCUCUCCAUCAUGAUGGGCGUAGCCGAUAUAUCUCUCGCCAACCACGUGCCGCUGUACAAACCCGGUCACUUUGGCAAACUCACCCCGACCACCACCCCAGAAAGUUGGAGCUUUACCAAGCGAAAUGAGCAGUUGACCGUCUUGUUGACAGAGUCGCUGCCAGAGUACUGGCUCGUACCCCCCUUUGAGCUCCCUGGCGCUAGGGACAUACGCUCCGGCACGGUUGAUGAAGAGGUGCUCGAUCCCAACGACCCCAGCAACGACUAUCGCGCCGACGAGCUGUCUUUGGAGAUGAGUCAUCUCCGUCGUACUGGUAAGGUCAGUCUGCUCUUGAUUUUCUACACCCAAGUCUUUGCCGACAUCAAUUGGGUACUUGGAGAGAAGGUCCAAGAGGGUCUUGCGCUCUUGCGAUCAUCCGCCAGUGGUAUGGCUCGAACCAUGAAGAAUCGCCGAAAGGUGGAAGGACCGGCCGCGCCGAAUGGCUGGCCUAGGGGCAACGAAGUGCUCAUCAAACGCUUCACCGAACGCGCCGAUGCCUGGUCUAGGACGGAUCUGAUUGCGCAGUCGAAGAUCAUGUUUGCCAAAAGGCUUGGUGCUCCGCUGGAAGAGUUCAAGGAAAGCCUUUUGCUCCCUCGCAAUCCGCUAUUUUGUGGUGUGCAGCUGUUCAGAUUUCAGCUCGAAUACCAAAUGAUGGGCUUCACGAUAGCGAGUGCGUGGUCGAGCAUCUUGAUGACGGUGCACCUUUUCGUCGCGUGCCGCAAUCAAGAAAAGUCUCUGGACCGACCGGCAAACCUAGACUGGGCGGACCUUGAUCUAGUGAUGGAACUACAUGGAGUGGAAGAUAUCUUUGGCGGCCCCAUCCCGAAGAAUGUCAUCGACUCGAUGUGUGGCUUCAUGAGUGCCCAAAAUUGGCCCGAAGAUGCCGUUCACUCUUUCAAACGCUGGUUGAACGGAGGAACGUCACAGAAUGACCUUGCGCGCAUACAGCAAGCGCAGAGGCACACGUUUGACUGUUCGCUGAAGCCCUUGCAGGACCACUCGCAGAUGCUCAGAAUCUUUCAGGAAAAGUAUCGCAGUCGCAAGCAGCUGCAUUCCGACAUUGACAUCAAUUACAUUCAGCAAUUGCUUUCCGACUUGAAGCGAAAAGAAGAAGAGGCGGAAGAGGCAGGAAUGCAGAGUACUCAAAAGGGCAAGAAAACGCGCGGAAAGAAGCAAGGAGUGCGAGGUCUUCGAAGGAGUCGCAAGCACAACGAUCAGAAAUUUUCGAUUGUACAGCUGCUUUCCGUGCUGGAGGUAGGGCUGAUACGCGAGACGGCGUCUAUUCGGUUUGACUACGUGUCGAUGCAUCUGAGGUGUGUGGAAUUCCUCAAAGAGGUGAAAGGGGAAGUGAACGAGCACUUUACGCGCAAGCACGGAGCUACUUGGAUCGAAGAUGAUACUCAAAUCGCCCAUGUGACAGGCUACAUCUUGACGGCUGCAUCUUUUAGCCAACUCGACGCAAGGCAGCUGGGCUUGCAGCAAGCAAUCUCUAAAACGGGCGCGUGGGUCGCUAGCAAGGUUCUUUACGACGCUACAAGGGUGUUUCGUAGGGUGUUGGACGAAAGUCAAGCUGGAGAUGCCGAGAUUCGCAAGAUUGCACGCAGUCGAGCCAGAGCGGAGAGGUGA